CUCUCUUUCAUUUUCUGUGUUGUGUAAGUCAAGAGAUAGAUUCUCUUGACAGAGGAAAAGGAAAAGUGGAAAAGGUUGAAGAACAAAUGGAAGCGAUCAAGAGCUGUUUCAGAGACAAGGAUGCAAAGGUGGAGGAGAUGAAGCAGCGAGUUGGAGCUCUGGAGAACUCUGUUGCAGAAGCAGAGAAGAAGAAGAGCUUCUGGGCUAUGGUUUCA